CUAUGUAGUCUUACAACUGGUACGUAUACGAUAUGCAAGGAUGCCGCCGCCCAGCAGCUGCAGCAGCGGCCAGCCCAGAUAUUGUUGACGGUAGGUUUGUCGACGGUGACUUGGACGUACACGCAAGGGAGUUCCUUCCGCUUGGAGAUUGCGAGCAGAUUGCAUGCUGGCUUCGGAGAACCGCAAGACUUGCAGCCCCGCUUACCUCUUGCAAACCUGAUACCUGAGUUCCCAGCGUUGUCAAUUAACUUGGAUACUGUAAUAAAGACACCUUUCAAUUAGCUCUAAUUCAAGUACACACAAGUUGCAGAAGCAAGCUGGUACUAAGUGCUUGAGCUAUUGAAGUGAUCAGGCUGUGCUUGAAGUAACCUCACACCAGAAGCACUUAUUCAAGAUUCACUUCCAAGUUCUAUUCAAGCUGAUCUCCGGCCAGCUGGUUGAUACAGAGCUGUCGGAGAUAGGUUCGCAUUGCGGCCGUUCCUGCGGGAACUGGUGAGCUUGGGCGGCCUGGAAAACCAUCACGGCAUCACCUUUGUCAGCAAGCUGCUAGGAGACACACCAUUAAAUUAAGGACUUCGGCGCUAUGGCUCGCGUCCUGGCUCUCCUAGUAGUCGCCUUACUAGCCUGCACACAGGUAGCUUCCGCCCAAAUUGUGGGCAAUGAGGGAAACCCAGCCAAAAAGUGCGUGGACCAGUACUGGGCGAGCGGCCAAAAGUUUGACAGCUUCGGCUGCCUGAGCAAGAAAAUCGUCUGCGUGGACAUCGUCGUUUCCGGGCAAACGGUGACCACGAUAAGCGACGCGAGCAUCACCGACCAGGACUUUUACAACAUCAUCCAUAACGGCAUUGCCGGGGGUGGCGGUAGCGGGGGCGCUUUCGGCGUCAACUUCCAGUCGGUGUCUUCGCUCGCGAGUGCCGGCGUGGCGCCGGUCGAUAACGUCUUAUCGGCCCAGAAGGUGAAGUUCGUGACGUCGCAGAACAUUCCCGUGGGGGUGUGUAGCGGCGUGCGGUGUUUCAAAAACACGGUGCCUGAGGUGAUGACGAUUACAUCCUAUCCAAUCGGGCCGUUUGAUUCGAACGGCGGCAAGGUAAAGAACAAGGGAACCUCUGGGGGCGAUCGCUGCAUCAGGGGGGUGAUCUUGCCCGACUCGACACCGCCGAAUGUUGGCGUAGGAGGCACGAUUCACGUACAAACGUCUUCAGCGGAUGCGAAGUCGAAGUCAUUAUGUGGGGCGAUAGGAGUUGCAGGUGCUGUUGCCGGGGCAUUAGUGCCCAGUGGAAUUCCGGGGGUGCUAGCAGCUAUAGGCAGUCUGACGUGGCAAACUUCAGGAGCCUUUGUCGCCACGCUAUCAGUGUCCCGCAAGGAAACGUUCCCCGCCCACCGAGUCCACCUCGUACUGUAG